UCCAAUUGUCUGGUUCUGAGUUUGACAAAAUUCCCAAAACUAUGGAAGAUGAAAGAGAGAUUGUCACCCAAGUUUCAGGCUACUUAGACAAGGAAGGAGUUGAAUUGAAGAGGUUUAGAUCAUGCCUCAAAUGGGUGUGCCUUGAUCAAUCCAAUAUUUGGAGAGCUUGUCUCUCAUGGUUUAUCUUCUCCCUUUUCACCAUCGGCGUUCCAAUUGUAUCCCAUUUUGCCCUUUCAUGCUCAAGCUGCGAUGACAACCAUAGCCGACCAUACCGGGCAGUGGUCCAAUUCUCUCUUUCCAUAUUCGCGACGCUCUCAUUCGUCUGUCUCUCUCGCUGGUCUCGUCAAUAUGGUUUGAGAAGGUUUCUCUUUCUCGAUAAAUUAUGUGACGCCAGCGACAAAAUCCAACGGGGGUAUGCAGAACAGCUCCAGAGGUCAAUGAAGCUCCUAUUGAUUUUUACCCUCCCAGGUCUUGUUGCCAUUUGUGCCUACAAAGUAUGGUGGUAUGUUUCAGGAUCCACCGAACUUCCCUAUUAUGGUAACAUCUAUAUCAGUGACACUAUUUUAUGCACAUUGGAGCUGUGUUCAUGGAUUUAUCGGACGGCAAUUUUCUUCCUCGUAUGCAUUCUCUUCCGAACUAUUUGCUAUCUUCAAAUACUCAGACUAGAAGACUUUGCUCAAUCUUUUCAGAAAGAAACUGAGGUGGGAUCAAUAUUGAUGGACCACCUCAGAAUCAGAAGAAAUCUCCGGAUCAUUAGCCAUCGCUUCCGAGCAUUCAUUUUGUUUUCUCUGGUUUUGGUCACGGCAAGUCAGCUCGCUUCCCUUCUAAUGACAACACGGUCUAGUGCUAAAGUCAAUAUCUACAAGGCUGGAGAACUUGCAAUAUGCUCCAUUAGCCUGGUGACUGGGCUUUUCAUAUGCUUGCGCAGUGCAACAAAGAUUACACAUAAAGCAUAUUCUGUUACAAGUCUGGCUGCAAAGUGGCACGUCUGCGCCACAAUAAACUCUUUUGAUAAUGCGGACUGUGAGACUCCAAGGGAUCAUAUUACUUCAGCACAAGUAUUUCCUACAACUAGAGUGGAUUGGGAAUCAGAUAAUGAAGAAGGAGAUGGAGAUGAUGAUAUUGACAAUACCAAGUUGGUGCCAAUUUUUGCGCAUACAGUUUCAAUCCAGAAGAGGCAAGCUCUAGUGACAUAUUUGGAGAACAAUAAAGCUGGAAUUACAUUGUAUGGGUUCAUGCUGGACAGAACAUGGCUUCACUCCAUUUUCGUGAUUCAACUGGCUCUUCUGCUCUGGAUGCUGAACAAGACAAUCGGUGUAACUUAAUUUUUUUUUCCUACUUAGAGAGAGAGAGAGAGAGAGUUUUAUGCAUACAUAUGGAUCCUAAAUGUAAUUAGCUAAAAUUGUAAAUUUUUUUACUUCGGCUUGCGCUGGUUUAAGUGAAUCUUUAUAACUGGAUAAUGUAGUUUUAGUCAAUGAAAUAUUACAUAUUUCCU